AUGGACAUGUUUUACGGUGUUGCGAAGUAUAAAGGGGAUGGUUAUGUGUUAGAUUUCACUGUCUUGACUGGAUGGCUAACAUUAUUUGAGGAGAUAUGCACAUAUUGGGCUCUCGAACCUCCUAUAGUGCGAGUAAAGUAUAUAAUGGCAGACGAGCAGAAGACAAUAUGGUCCAUUAGCUCAGAGGAUGACUUUCAGAACAUGUGUAAUGUUCAUCGUAUAUUCAAAAAGACCGUGGUGAACAUGAUCAUAGACACUGUGAACGAAACAACGGAGGCCAUCUGUAAAUAUGGUGGCAUCCUACUAGGCGCAACUGCAAAGGAUGGUAAUGAAGGUCUAUUUCAUCUAGCUUUUGCUAUUGUUGAUAAUGAAACUGACGAUAACUGGACAUGGUUCAUUUCCACUCUAGGUGAUGCAAUAUAUGGUGAAGAUGACUACCACAAAAUCAUUACAUUCAUUUCAGACCGUUCUAAGGGACUUGUUAAUGCUAUUGCCAAAGUCUUCCCCUCUGCCCCACAUGGCUACUGUUUGCGACAUCUCCAAGCAAACUUUUUGAAGGCUAAUGGUCACCUAGGGAAAGGAUCAAAAGAUGAGUGUUGGAGGUUGGUUGUUAAGAUUGCAUAUGCAUGCACAUCUUCAGAGUAUGAUGCAACUGUGGGUGCGUUGUCAGCGGCAUCUACACAGGCCCAUAAUUGGUUAUUUCAAAAGUCGGACAUGAUGCAUUGGUGCAAUUACUUGUUUAGAGGACAACGUUGGGGCGAGAUGUAUUCGAAUGUGGCAGAGUCUUUCAAUGCAGGGAUUAAGGAGGCACGACAUCUACAUGUCUGUAACAUGGUUGACGAGAUAAGGUUCAAGAUGAUGAACCUAAUGUACAAGCGGCGCGAGAAUAGCAUGAAAUGGGAAACCCAUCUUUGCCCGGAGAUUCACAAGAAGAUUGAAAAGACUAUUGAAGAAAGCAGAUGCUUAGUCAUAGGCCGAUCUGAUGGUGAUAUUUUUGAAGUCGUUGACAAGCAGGGCAACCAUGUCGAUUUACGCUACUACACAGUCGCAGUGUACAAAGAAGCAUAUGAGAGUCCAAUAUUCCCUGUACCAGAUAAUGACAAACCGAUGGAUGCGGGUCGACAUCUCUGUAUUCGUCCACCUAUCUCAAAGAAGAGACCCGGACGACCAAGAAAAAGGAGGAUUGAAUCACAAGCAUUUGGUGUUCGUGACUUGCAUUGUAGUCGAUGCCACGAAGUUGGGCAUAACAGGGCCACAUGUAAUGAAGUAAUCGCAGACUAA